AAACAGGGAGCAGAAGGCCUUUCAGCUGACCUCGCAUGUUGUACGUGCAGUGCCCAUGCAUCCAGUUGGCUGCUGGCUACAGCCGAGACAGGUGGCCUUGGUCCCGCAUUGUGGAGUUGCACGCGAUGAAAAUCGGGGAAACUACACAUCUUGAUUCGGAAUACCAGGCAGCAACUUUGGUCAAAGUAAACCACAGAUCUUCUCCUUCAUACGAUCAUCCCCUACUAAUUUGCUGGCCCACUCCAUCACCGAAUCUUUACAACUGUACAUUAGCAUGUCCGACAGCAAGACACCAACCCAAACAUACAAGGCGUCCUGCCAUUGCGGCGCCUUCGCAUACACCAUCGAGACCCCUUCUCUCAAUAAUGAAUCCACCGAAGUCGUGCACUGCAAUUGCAGCAUCUGCAUGCGCAAUGGCUACCUCCUGAUCUACGUGCCAAACGACCAGAUCACAUUCACCAAGGGCAGCGUCGAAGAUUUUAAGUCUUACACAUUCGCGACACACUCAGUUGCGCACUACUUCUGCCCUACGUGUGGCACCUCGUGCAUGGCGCGAAGUAUCCGGCCAGGUUUCUUUGACGGUACGAGUAUCGUCAAUGUGAGGCUGUUUGAGGAUGUGGAGUUAGAGAAGUUAAAGAUCAAGGAGAUGGACGGGAGGAGUUAUACCAAAGAGACAGCGGAGGCGAGGGUUGCGGGGAUUGAGGCGGAGAUGUAGGGGAAAUAAAAGGGUGCACGAUGUCGGAUUUCGAAGAGAAUGAGGAAAAACUCUGAGCUCCCUUUGAGAAGAACUUUUGUUGGGAGUUUUACGCAAAAAGUUUUGAGGUUCUCAUUCACAGAGAGCAUGAUCUAAGCUGAUCAAAUGUUCAAUCGACUCAAUUCCUCCAGCAGCUCAGGAGAGGCAGCGUCACGAGUCAGUACUUCCACUUCCUCGAGAUGCUCCUGGCGCUCUGUGUAUGCGUGUAUGUCGUACAUCAUCUUGACGAAUUGUCUGUGUUGGGGCAAAUAUUGUGCUGAAGUGGUGCUGUAUUUGUCAGGGCUAUCAUCGGUAACAUGACUGCCUGGAAGAUGUCAGUCAUGCGUUAUGAUAGACAAGCAUUUAUAGCUUACACCAGCCAGUCAUUUGGAAAGCCUGCAUAGUGA